GACGACGCGCACAUGGAUGGGCCCAGCGGCGUGGAGUCCAACACCGUGGCGAUGUGCACGAAGGCUCUGAGGGCGCUGCGGAGCAUCUGUGAUGACAAGCGCCAGCUCGCGUUGGCGGCCAGGGCGGAGCUCGCCCAAGCCGAGGCAGAGCGGUGCAAGCUUCGGGCGAAGGUGGAUAAGCUCACAGAGCAGCUCCAGUGGGCCACAGAGAAGCUCCACGUCGUCAAGCAGCUGAAAACGUACAGCAACGCGCCGCGGCCCCGCAGCCGCUCGCCGCGGGCCGUGCCGGCGGCGGUGGCGAAGCUGCCGAGCCAGGAG